AUGUGGGAACCAGUGGCUGUCCCCUUUCAGAACUCCCAGCCUCUGCCUUUUCUACCUACAACAGAUGAAAUCCGAGCUUGUACCAAUGUUCUGUGGGAGACCUAUGCUUCCAAGAUUGUGGCGGUGAACGACGAUAUUGUUGUAAAAUAUGGGGGUUGUAUAAACACCUGGGAAGGCCAGGCUUUGGUUUACCUUGAGCGACACAUCCCAGAAGUUCCGGCCCCUCGACUGUACGCGAUGUACUAUGAUUCCAGACAACUUUUCUUAAUCAUGCAACGUGUUCCCGGGGUGCAGUUGAAUUCCAUUUGGCCAUCAUUGCGCCCUCUGAGAAGGAUGACAUUGUCGACAAACUCCGACUAA